CUUUAACAAAGAUGGUGAUUACGUAUACAUUCUGUAAUAAUCUAGGCUCCAGUUACAAUUUUGCGUUUGCUUUUUAAAGAAACGUGAUUGCCGACGGGGAAAAUGGAGGCUAGAGACAAGCAAGUGCUCCGCUCCAUGCGCCUGGAGCUGGGUGCUGAGGUCCUGGUGGAUGGGUUGGUACUUCAGUAUUUGUACCAGGAAGGCAUCUUAACAGAAAACCAUCUUCAAGAAAUCAGAGUGCAAGCCACAGGCCUCCGGAAAACAAUGAUGCUGCUGGACAUCUUGCCUUCCAGAGGCCCUAAAGCCUUCGAUGCAUUCCUUGAUUCCCUGCAGGAAUUUCCCUGGGUAAGGGAGAAAUUGGAGAAAGUCAGAGCAGAAACCACAGUUGAGCUGCCUGCAGAUGACCAUGUGGCUGGGAUCCCGCCCGAUGUCCUCAACAGUUCCCCAACGGACCAGCAGAUAAACCAAUUGGCCCAGCGGCUGGGUGCAGAGUGGGAGGCAGUGGUGCUGUCUCUGGGCCUGACUCAGACCGACAUCUAUCGCUGCAAAGCCAACCACCCGUACAACGUGCACGCACAGAUGGUGGAGGCCUUGGUCCGCUGGAGGCAGCGCUACGGCAGGCAGGCCACCUUCCAGAGCCUGCACCGGGGACUCCAGGCCGCUGAUGCUGACCCCUCACUUCUCCAGUACAUGCUGGAAUGGUAGUGCCCCCCAUCUGCUUGCUGGGUUAUGGCUCCCCAAGCCACACAUACUGAAAAUGAUAAC